AUGCCGAAGGGCUUUCUGGUGAAACGAACCAAGAGGCUGGGAGCUUCUUACCGCGUGCGUCGGGUGGAAAGGGACUUUCAGCUGCUGGGGCCCCAAGAGGCACCUCCUUUCCCUGGAACAGCUUCCCCUAGUCCCCAAGGAAGCGUGAAGGGUACGGAGCGGUUGGAGUUCUCAUUGGAAAAGGUAGAAAAGGAGGAGAGCGAGGCGGUUUCGAGACUGUCAGCUCCUGUGCGCACUUCUUCCUGCCUAGGGACCGGAGGAAGUAGCGGACCAGGCCCGCGCGAAAGCGCUGAGUGGGGGCUGGGCGGAGGUUCGACCCCUGGUCCCAGUCCCAGCCCAGCGAAGCCGGCGGGUGCGGAGUUGCGAGGGACAUUCCUGGAGCGCUGCCUCAGUUCUCCUGCUUCGGCUGAGUCCUUUCCGGGAGGCACAACAGCCGCGGUUGCUUUCUCUUCCACAGUAGCACCUGCUUCUGCUCCAUCUUCGGUGGAGCAGCUUUUGAUGCCACUUCUGGCACCUUUCCCAGAAGCUGUUCCAAAGCCGGACUCAGCUCCCCUCACUGUCACUCUUCAGGGACUGAAGCGGGGUACUGGGGGCGACCGUCGUGACAAGGGACCUCCUGGACCUAUGUCAGUGUCAGUGUCUGGAACAGCAGUGCCAGGUGCCAAGAAGCCAAAGGCUAUGAGGAGGUUGAGCUUUGCGGAUGAAGUAACCACAUCCCCAGUCCUGGGGUUGAAAAUCAAGGAGGAGGUGCCUGGGACCCCAUCCCGAGGCCUUGAAGGCAGCCGAACGCCUCUGGGUGAAUUCAUUUGCCAGCUGUGCAAGGAACAGUAUGCAGACCCUUUUGCACUGGCUCAGCACCGAUGCUCUCGCAUAGUGAGAGUUGAGUACCGCUGUCCCGAAUGCGACAAGGUCUUCAGCUGCCCAGCCAAUCUCGCCUCCCACCGCCGGUGGCACAAGCCACGUCCUGCCAAUGCUGCCACAACUGUUCCCGGGGACCCGAAGGCUCUUCCCUCGUUUUCUUCCUCCGCUUCAUUGUCUCCUGAUUGCAGCAGCAUCGCACCUUUACUGCCAGAGGGUAAGGAGAAUAGCAGAGAGAAAAGGACUGAAGGUCAGCACCCUCUUAUUCGGGACAGCUCCCGGACUGAUCAGCAUCUAGACAGUUCCAGCUCCACAGCUACCCUCCUCCAGGACGUCAAGGUCACUCAGCACCCUGAGCCCCAGCUACCACAGGGCCCAUUUACUGAAAGGGAGUCUGGGCGUCGCGUCCCGGGUACAGGAAAGGGUCCCGGAGAUGGGGUAUCUGAGGUUUUCUUGUGCCCGUAUUGCCACAAGAAGUUCCGCCGUCAAGCUUACUUGCGCAAGCACUUGGGCACCCAUCAGGCGGGGUCAGCCCGAGCGCUGACCCCUGGCUACAGUACUGAGCAGAGCUUGCAGCUUGCUUUCCCAUGCCCACUUUGUGGGGCGCACUUUCCCUCUGCCGACAUCAGAGACAAGCACCGGUUGUGGCACGCAGUGCGGGAGGAAAUGCUAUUGCCCGCUUUGGCGGGGGCGCCUCCAGAGGGGCCAAAUGGAGGUAGAGGAGCUGACGGAGAUACUCAACAGAUCUUUCCGUGCAAGCACUGUCCUUCCACCUUCUUCAGUUCCUUGGGUCUAACUCGACAUAUCAACAAAUGUCACCCUUCGGAAAGCCGGCAGGUGUUGCUGCUCCAGAUGCCACUAAGACCCGGUUGCUGA